AUGUCUGCUUCCAGAGAAUCUGUAUUGGCUUACAUCGAAGAGUACUUGUCUAGAGACAAGGCCUUCGGAAAGACCUUGAAGGCUUUCCAGAAAGAAGUAGCUGCGGACUCCGUCAAGUUGAGCAGUGUCACCAACAAGUUGGAAGAUUUGAUUGGGGACUUGGAUGAUGAAAUGAAGAGCGAAUCUGGAUCUGACGACUCCAGCGACUCUGAAUCUAGCGACUCUGAUUCGAGCGACUCUAGCGACUCCAGCGACUCCGAGGAUGAGGACGAAGAAAUGGCUGAGGCUGAAGACAAGAAGGAAGAAUAUGAUUCUGAAUCAAGCUCCAGCUCGUCUGAUUCUGAUUCUGAUUCUGAUUCAAGCUCCAGCUCGUCUGAUUCCGAAUCCGAAUCCGAAUCUAGUUCUAGUUCCUCUGAUUCCGAUUCCGAUUCUGAUUCUAGUGACUCUGACUCUGACUCUGAAGCCGAAGCCGAAGAAAAGGAAGAAGAAGAAGAAGAGCAGAAGGAAGAGAAGGACACUUCUUCCAGCUCUGAUUCUGACUCAGACUCUUCCAGCUCGUCUGAUUCUGAUUCUGAUUCCGACUCCUCUUCCAGCUCGUCCGAUUCUGAUUCUGAUUCCGACUCUUCCAGCUCAUCUGAUUCCGAUUCAUCCGAUUCCGAUUCUGAUUCAUCAGACUCCUCAGACUCCUCGGAUUCCGACUCCGACUCUGACUCCAGCUCAUCGGACUCUGAAUCGGACUCUUCCUCCAACAAGAGAAAGGCCAGUCCUCCACCAGCCAUCAAGAAACAAAAGGUGGAGUUAGCAUCAUCGCAGACCGAGUCGAUUUCCUCCAGAUCUGCCUCUCCUGGCAUUGCAGCAACUCCAGAGCCAGAAUUGCAACCAGGCCAAAGAAGACAUUUCUCGAGAAUCGACAGAUCCAAGAUCUCGUUUGAGAACCAGGCAUUGCAAGACAACACCUACAAGGGCGCAGCUGGAACCUGGGGAGAAAUGGCCAGUGAAAAGUUAUUGCAAGUCAGGGGCAAAGACUUCACCAAGAACAAGAACAAGAUGAAGAAGGGUGCUUACAGGGGAGGUUCCAUCACCUUGGCCUCCGGAUCGUACAAGUUUACUGAUUAG